AUGAAUUGUGUCACUGCUUCCUCCUUAUCUAUUCUUUGGAAUGAGAAUCGUCUGAAUGGCUUUACUCCUAGCCGGGGUCUUAGACAAGGAGACCUUAUGUCACCCUAUCUUUUUGUGUUGUGUAUGGAGCGAUUGUUAUGCUUUAUUAGUCAUCAGGUUGAUUUGGGCUUGUGGGAGCCGGUUGCUGUUUCUAGAGGGGGACCAAGAAUAUCUCACUUAAUGUUUGCAGAUGACUUGCUUCUAUUCUGUAAAGCUACAAAGAGACAAGUGCAAAAUGUGAUGUUGGUUUUAGCGACUUUUUGCAAAGCAUCUGGGAUGAAGAUUAAUGUGAAGAAGUCUAAAGCGCUUUCCUCCAAGAAUGUCUCUGCAACAAGGAAAGAGGUUUUCACUGGAAUAUCCUCUAUCAGAUUUGUCCAAGACUUGGGCAAGUAUCUUGGAUUUACUCUUAGCCAUUCUAGGGUGACCCGUUCAGCUUUCAAUGGUGUCCUGGAUAAAAUUCAAAGUAGACUAGCAAGCUGGAAAGGGAGUUUUCUCAAUCGGGCUGGUAGACUCUGCUUAGUUAAUUCUGUUGCAGCCGCUAUUUCCAUGUACCAGAUGCAGCUAAACAAGUUAUGGGUCCAAGUGUUGGAUGCCAAAUACCGAUCAUCUCUAUAUAACUGUUUUAGUUGUCCUAAGAACAAGGGCUCUCCCAUUUGGAGGAGUCUUUGUAAGGCUUGGGAAGUGUUGAAGGAUGGGUUUGCUUGGUGUAUUGGGGAUUUGAACCAGAAUUUUUGGUUUUCUAGCUGGAGGAGAGAAGGACGGUUAUCUAACGAGAUAGAUUAUGUUCACAUUUCUGAUUCGAAUCUCCGGAUACAGGAUAUUUGGUCAGUUGGUAGGUGGCAUUUGGAUACUCUUUAUUCUCCUUUAUCUCAAAAUCUGAAAGUCUAUGACUCACGCAAUGGUUACUUGUGGUUGUGUAAGAAGCUUUUUGGUUGGGAGGAGCGGGAGAAUUGGCUUUGGCUUUGGCGUCAGCUUGUUCCGAAAAAGCACAAGUUUUCGGCUUGGUUAUGUCUUAAGGAGGCUCUUCCUACUACAAGUUUUCGCUUUAGAAGAGGGAUGUCGUCAUCGGAUAGGUGCCCAAGAUGUCUUUCUAGCCAGGAAUCGGUUUUACAUUGUAUUCGGGAUUGUCCAAAAGCUCAGCUUGUGUGGCAUAGAUUGGAUAUUUCUUGUCAUCCUUUGGAUUUGAAGAACUGGUUCUUGUAUCAUAGCAGAGAGCAUUCGUUCAAGUUUUUUCGGGACUUUGGUGGAUAUGGCGAACAAGGAAUAAUGACAUCUUUAAUCCUCAUGAAACUUGGCCUCCGGAAAAAGUGA